UAUUGCUGCUCUCUGCCGGUGCUCGAGAUAUUUUAGAAUGACGAAAUUUUGGUGCCUGGUCGUAUUGCUGGUGGUUGGGUGUGGGGCCAGUCGAGCCGACGACAAUGUUGAGGAACCUCCAGCCAUAUCGUACAACCUGAUGACGUUCUACACCCUGUUCAACGGUCAGUUCUCUGACGAAGCGGAGGUGGCCAGUUACCAGUCUAGUGAUGCCAGUGACCCUGACAAACCGUUCCUGUCGGUCAUCAAGUCGAUGCCAGUUGAGAUUCCCGCUCUGGAACAGGCUGUGACCUACCUGUAUGAGCAGUAUUUCAACGGCAUGCUGCGUCGUCGUGUGGUGUGUGUCAUUUGGGAGGACAGCAACGGUCAGAUCUUCAUACAACCUUACAACAUCACCUCUCCCCCUAACGACAUGUCCCAGCCGUUCUCAAUUGACCAAGUCAAGAAGUUGACCGCAAGUGACUUGACCACAAGGGACGAGUGUAAGAUCUGGGUGGUGAAGGUGGAUGACGUCACGUACAAGACGUUUUGGCCCGACUGCACCGUACACGACCACGGGAUAGUGCCAGCUUACGACCUGACUUGGACCUGUAACUCUAUGGUAGCCAUCACGAGGAAUCAAAAUCAAUUGGAAUACAUUCCAGUACCCAUCAUACACAUUAGGCAAGGGCCCAGGUUCCCGUGGUUGUCCGCCUUAUGGAGAGAAGACUUCAAGGAUCCUUGCCAGUAAGACAUUGAUCUUGUGACCCAAGCCGGUUACUAGAGAUUCAUAUGUAAAAAAUAAAAG